AUGGCGCAGUCCCAACGAGGAGGUGUAGCAUGGGUUCUUAGAGAUAAUUUUGGGCUCUUGAUAGGAGCAGGUGGUGAGGGUGGACUACACGGCUCCUCCACACUUAUGGUAGAAGCUCUGGCAAACCGAGCUGCUUUGAUGGUAUGUUAUCAUAUGCGUUGUUGGGAUGUGGUUGUGGAAUCUGAUGCGCAACAGUGUUUAGCGAUGCUAAAUGGUGAGCGUGAACCUAAUGCAAACAUUGGAGGAGUGAUGGCAAAUGCAUUAGAUGAAUGGAUGCCUUCUAAAGAUGAAUUUUAUAUCCCUCAAGUUAGAGAUGAAAAAAAACCGAAAGCAGGGCUAGCAUUCAAGUCAUUGGAUGAAACAUACAAGUUCUAUAAUGAUUACGCAAAGGAUGCUGGAUUUAGUGUCAAGAUUAGUAAGGAGAAGAAAAAGAAAGAAAAAAGUGAGGUUUUUUGGAAACGAUACGUUUGUUUUAAGGAAGGUGAAACAGAUGAGACGUGGAGGAAAAAAAAAGACAGUGAGUCUACACAAAUAGAAAGAGAACGAGGUAAUGUUCGUGAAAAUUGCAAAGCAAAGUUGACAGUAGUUUAUGAUGGGUUCAAUUUUGUAGUUAAGACUUUCAUUGAGGAACAUACUCAUCCACUAUAUAUAUAA